AUGUCCAGGAGAUUCACGUCUCUGCUCACGCGCGUGAACAACAACGUGGAACUUGUUCUGCAGAAGUUCCACGACAUUGUUGAGCUAUCGUCGAUUGAGGACAAGUCGCAGGAAACACAGGCAAUCGAGGCUCUUCAAAUAGAAUCCAACGCAGCCACUGUGGUCAGACUCACCGAAGAACUACUGGCCAUCACCAGACAGCUGAAAGAGGCAUGGAUUCUGGGACAGGUGCCCAACUCCAUCGAGUCACAGCAGGACGAGCGACUGCUCCAGGCGAAAAUGAACCAAUUACUCGAAGUCGUUAGCACUUUAAAAUAG